UAUUCAUUCAUACAUCAAUCGCUUUGGUGUUUCCAAAUUCUGUAUCAUUAUUGUCUGUUACGCCAUGAAUUCGCUUCUUCGCUUUGGGAUCGUCCCUCUCGCUUUCCUUCUUCUUCUUCUUCUUCAUUCUUCCCUCGCUUCCGUCAUCAACCCCAAGGCUUUUUAUGAUUUGAAGGAAUCGAUUGUCGAAGGAUUAGGGUUUUCACCCGAAGAUUUCAAGAUUACGGAGUUUGAUCCUAGAGAGGCUCAGGUGGGGCAUUCAUUGGAGUACCAAUUCGACCUUGAGAUUGAUCAAAAGGUUAUUCCCUUCAAGCUCCUUGAAGAUGUCAACCGCUGGGACUACGUUGAUCUUCCAAUUUUCCGGGUCGACGACCAAAACGGGUUGGUUCCGAAACCGGUUUCCGGUAAUGGGUUGCCCGUUUUGGCUCCUUUCCAGCUUGCUGGACCUAUGGAGCUCUGGGUUCAGGAUGCAAAGGACAUGAGGCUCUCUCUCCCUCAUGAUGUGGAUGCUGGUGUGUUAAAGAAAGUGAUUUUGGCUGAUGGUGCUGUGGUCACUGUCAAAGGUGCAAGAUCAGUUAGUCUUCGCCAACCCCUUGAUCUCCCCCUUCCCUUAAACCGAACUCAGAAUGGAUUUGCUGCUGGCCUUCUAACCUUGGCUGAGCAGCUCCGACAUGCUUCUCGUACACAGGAUGCUUCCCUCCUCUCGCUCCGCAUUGUUGGUCCUACAUCACUUGCAGCCCCUUCCUCAACGCCAACCUCUGAUAGCAGGUUGAAGCUCAAGCGUCUUGCACCUGGUCUUGUCGAAUUAUCAUCCCCGUCAAAGACCAAAGCAAUUGAGGCCCUGUCUACGGUUGAUCUCCAGGAUGAAGCCCCUACACUCCUUACUCCAACUCAGUUUACUACACUAUGGCCUCUUGCUUCCCUUAAUGGAUCAAAUGCCAACUUGUUGGGUUUUGAGAAACUGCUAUCCUCUGUGCUAGGUCCUAGGGCAAACAAGAAAGGUUCCUUCAGGUUGUUGAAAGCGGAUGUUUCAGCCCAGACAUUUGUAAAGAUAGGAUUCCAGGCAGAGAAGAAGCUCAAGGAAGGAGAUGGGUUUAGUUUGGAGGGUUUCCCUGCGUGGAGGACUAAACCUGAGACGGUGAGGUUGCAUUUUGAGGUGCUGGCUAAGGUUGAUGGUGAUAAAGUCAUAGCAGAGAGAGUCGUGCCUGUAAACCCUGUAGUUGUGGAGGAUACUGUGGCGCCUAAUAUGCUGACUGGGAAUGUGACCAUGUCAAAGAUGCCUUUAGUUCACCCUCCGCCCGCCCCCUUCACCUUGUAAUUUGUGGAAAGGGUUUGAUUUUGUAAUUACCAAAAGGAAUUGUAGAGGAGAGAAGAUAUUCUUGUUUUACUUUUGAUAUAUGUAUACGAUGUUCAAGAAACUUGUAAAAAUGCCAAGUAAUGAGAAAGUUGUUUUUUAU